AUGAAUGAUUUGAUUGUGGUUGAUCAACUUCCGAUCGAAAUUCAAUUUGAAAUAUUUGAAUAUUUAAAUAUUCUUGAUGUGAUGAGGGGUUUUACGGCAUUGAAUAAGAAAUAUUGUGCCAUGGUUGGUAGAUAUUUACUGAUGAAUGAUUACAUGAUCGGAAGGUACUUUCAUCAGUUGGCAGUUUCCAAUUCCUUUUCUUAUAUUUCCAAGUUGAAUGAAAAGAAACAAAUUGAAAGUGAAUUGUUUAAUGAUGGAUCGAAUUUUCCAUAUCUCAUUAGAAUUGCUAGUGGUGAAUAUCAAGCAAUUGGAGAAUUGGAUGGUUUAAAGUGUUUGGAGAAAUUUGGACCAAAUCUUAUGGGAAUUAUGAUGAAAUAUCUGAUGGAAAGUAUUGAAGAUGAUUCGAGAUUUGAAGACGGGGGUAGAGCGCUAUCUUUGAAUUUGUGGAAUAUUGAUUUUUCUCAUUUGAAGAGUGAAACUAUGAAGAAAUCUCUGUCAUCUCUUGAAAAACUGAACCAUUUGGUAAGAUUAUAUCUUAAUUGUGGACCAGCAACAGUUGAUUAUACUCAAAGUGAUUCCCCUUGUUUGAAUGUGCUUGCCUUUAUGAAUUCAAAUUUGAAAAAUAGUUUCUCAUCACUGAGAGAAUUAUACCUGACUGGAUAUAUUGGAUCGUCGCCACAUGAAAUCAAUUCAAUUGUUAACAAUUUGGAAAAUUUGGAAAAGAUACACAUUUCAUUUAGUGUGGAAUUUAAUAAGAAUACGACCCAAAUUAAUCCCCUUGAAGCUCCAAAAAGUUUAAGGGAGAAAUUAUCUCACAUUUCAUUGAUAAAUGUUCCAGCAAGAGCAACUCGAUUAUUUUCAGUGAUUGAUAUUUUCGAAACAUUUGAAAAUUUGAAGUAUUUCGAAUAUCAUGAAGUAGAAGGAACAGGCGGAGUAAAUAUUAAUAUCAAGUUUGAUGAUUAUGACAAGGUAAUUGAAAAGUUUAGUAAGACAAAAUUAGAAACUCUCAUUUACAGACCCAGUGAGGCUCACCAAAGACAAAUAGCAAUUUCAGCCCAAAGACAAGAAUUAAUAGAAGAACUAUUGGAGAAUAUAAACAAUUCAGAUUUCCCAAUCCUAUUUCCCAACAUGAAGAACAUUGAAGUGUCAGAAUAUGAAAUGGACAGGGAAUGUAAAUAUGAUGCUCUCACUGCAGUGAUUUAUUACAUUCUUCCUAAAAUUCAAAGUGGAGGAUUACUUGAAAGAAUUCAUGCUCCAUCGGAUUGUUUGGAAAUUGCUACCAUGUUGAACUGCAAUAAUACUACUAUUGAAUUACAAUUGGGGUCAUCACCACCAGAGCUCUCAAAUUUGAUAGUUACUACAGGCUACAGACCUAAAAGAAAAAAUAGAUUUGGAGUCCCAAAAGAGAUCUUUUCGCAAUCCUUUGACAAGUUGAGGAUUUUGACAUUUGAAAAUCUAGGUUCGAUGGAUUCACACAUUUUAUUGUUGAUAGGGAGGAAUUGUAAGAGUUUGAAUUAUCUCAGAAUGACAAACUGCGAUUUCCUUAAUGUUGAAAAUCCGAAUAUGAAGCAAGAAUUAUUUCAUUCUCUGGUUAUCAAAACAAUUGCCAUUCAAAAUUGCAAUAAUGUUCCUGUGUGUAAUUUGGUUAACUUGAUGAUUUGUAGUUGUGAUACAUUGGAAUAUGUCAUUAUGAAAGGCUCAUCUAUUGCAUCCAAUUCACUGAAUGUUUCAAUGAAUGGAGGCGUGCCUGUUGAGAUGAGAAAGUUACAUACUCUGCUAUUUCCUAAAUCUGUCAACAUUCAGGAUAUUUAUAUUGAUAUGAUGAACUAUAUUAGCAGAUCAUGUCGAUUAUCUUCGUUACAUCAUUUGGAUGUCUAUGGAACUGUGGAUGAUUCAGUGGUAAGACUAUUCGAAAAUAAUUCAGCAAUAGUGUCUUUAUCCCUUAACGUAGCGGAAAUAAUUGACCCAAGUGUGUUGGAUAUUAUCAACGAAAGAGGAAUUAAAUUGAAAGAAUUAGAAAUUGAAAAGAAUGUUAACUUGGAUAUUUUAUUGGGAUUAUCUAGUAGAUGUACUUGUUAUUUGACCUCUUUGAAACUUCUUGGAUCUAAAAUUGAAAACAAUAGUCAAUAUUGUUCAUUUGAGUAUGGUACCUCAUCCAUCCACAAUAAGCUCAUUGAAGGAACUUAUGGUUGA